AUGGCGGCCAUCCUGGCCUGCCUCCUCUUCGUCACCGGCGCAGCCGCCGAGCAGCAAGAGCGCAGCUUCGAGGAUCUCUCCGACGACGACCUGAUGGCGCGGGCGCUCAUGGGCUCGCUCGACUCGGACGCACUGCUCGCCCUCGAUAAGCGACAGAUCGCCGCCGGCGGUGGAUCCGGCGUCCUGACCACCUACACGGGCGUCCAGACCAUCUCGGGCUACCAGCCGCCUGCCACGCGACCCAUCCCUACUCCUACUCCCUCUGGCGGCACCAUCAUCUCUCCUUCUGAUAUCCCCGGCUACGGCAGCCAGUCGUCCGACGGCGGCAGCCCUGGCGGCUCUUCGUCCGGCGCCACCUCUCACGGUCCCGCUGGCUGGCUCAGCCUGCCCGCACUCUUCACCACCGCCUUCGCAGCCGCGAUGGCCGCGGGCGCCGGCUGGGCUUUCCUGUGA